AUGGCCCCCUGGGCCUGGGCCGUCUGCUGCCUCUUGGGCUGUUCCCUGCUCAGCAGUGGCAGCCCUGGCCCCAGCGUGCCCCGCCUGCGGCUCUCCUACCGAGACCUCCUGUCUGUCAACCGCUCUACUGUCUUUCUGGGCCCCUGGGGCUCCCUGGACCUUCGGGCCAUGUACCUGGAUGAAUACCGGGACCGCCUCUUUCUGGGGGGCCGCGAUGCCUUCUACUCUCUGCGGUUGGAUCAGGCAUGGCCAGACCCCCGGGAGGUUCUGUGGCCGCCACAGCCAGGACAGAGGGAAGAGUGUGUCCGCAAGGGAAGGGAUCCCUUGACGGAGUGUGCCAACUUUGUACGGGUGCUGAAGCCCCACAACCGGACCCACCUGCUGGCAUGUGGCACAGGGGCCUUCCAGCCUAUCUGUGCCCUCAUCACAGUUGGGCACCGUGGGGAGCACGUUCUCCACCUGGAGCCUGGCACUGUGCAAGGUGGGCGGGGCCGGUGCCCCCACGAGCCCAGCCGUCCCUUCGCCAGCACCUUUGUAGGUGGGGAGCUAUAUACAGGCCUCAUAGCUGACUUCCUGGGGCGUGAAGCCAUGAUUUUCCGAAGUGGGGGUUCCAGGCCUGCCCUUCGUUCUGACUUUGACCAGAGCCUCCUGCAUGACCCCAGGUUUGUGGCAGCUGCACGGAUCCCUGACAACUCCGACCAGGACAAUGACAAGGUGUACUUCUUCUUCUCAGAGACUGUCCCCUCGCCUGACGGUAGCCCAAGCAGAGUCACCGUCAGCCGUGUGGGCCGAGUCUGCGUGAACGAUGCCGGCGGGCAGCGGGUGCUGGUGAACAAGUGGAGCACUUUCCUCAAGGCCAGGCUGGUCUGCUCUGUGCCCGGCCCCGGGGGUGCUGAGACCCACUUCCACCAGCUGGAGGACGUGUUCCUGCUGUGGCCCAAGACAGGGAUGAAACCGGAGGUGUAUGCAUUGUUCAGCAUGGUCAGUGCUGUGUUCCAGGGGUUUGCCAUCUGCGUAUACCACAUGGCUGACAUCUGGGAGGUCUUCAACGGGCCCUUUGCCCACCGUGAUGGUCCCCAGCAUCAAUGGGGGCCUUAUGGGGGCAAGGUGCCCUUUCCCCGCCCAGGCGUGUGUCCCAGCAAGAUGACGGCACAACCUGGACGGCCCUUUGGCAGCACCAAGGACUAUCCUGAUGAGGUGCUGCAGUUUGCCCGAGCCCACCCACUCAUGUUCCGGCCUGUGAGGCCUCGACAGGGCCGCCCCAUUCUUGUCAAGACCAACCUGGCCCAGCAGCUGCGCCAGAUCGUGGUGGACCGUGUGGAAGCGGAAGACGGGGCCUACGACGUCAUCUUCCUGGGCACUGACUCAGGUUCUGUGCUCAAGGUCAUCGCCCUCCAGGCGGUGGGCUCUGCUGAGUCCGAGGAGGUGGUGCUGGAGGAGCUCCAGGUGUUUAAGGUGCCAACACCCAUUACUGAGAUGGAGAUUUCUGUAAAAAGGCAAAUGCUGUAUGUGGGCUCGCGGCUGGGCGUGGCCCAGCUGCGGCUACACCAGUGCGAGACCUAUGGCAGUGCCUGUGCUGAGUGCUGCCUGGCCCGGGACCCCUAUUGCGCCUGGGAUGGCACCUUCUGUACCCACUUCCGGCCCAGCACCAGCAAGCGCCGGUUCCGCAGGCAGGACAUCCGGCACGGCAACCCUGCCCUGCAGUGCCUGGGCCAGGGCCCAGAAGAGGACGCUGCUGGGCAUGUGGUGGCCACCACAGUCUACGGCACAGAGCACAACAGUACCUUCCUGGAGUGCCAACCCAAGUCUCCCCAGGCCACCGUGCGCUGGUUCUUACAGAGGCCAGGGGACCAAGAGCCUGACCAAGUGAAGACUGACGAGCGAGUCCUACAGACGGAGCAGGGGCUGCUCUUCCGCAGGCUCAGCCGCCUGGACGCAGGCACCUACUCCUGCACCACGCUGGAACACGGUUUCUCCCAGACCGUGAUCCGCCUGGCUCUGGAGGUGAUUGCGGCCGCACAGCUGGACAGCCUGUUCUCUCGGGAGCAGAGGCCAGAGGAGCCCCCCGCGAGGGUCAGCCUGGCCCUCGGCCCACCCAAGGCCUGGUACAAGGACUUCCUGCAGCUCAUUGGCUUCUCCAACCUGCCCCGGGUGGAUGAGUACUGUGAGCGUGUGUGGUGCCGUGGCAGUGGGGAGCGCUUGGGUACCUCACGGAGCCGGGGCAAGCCAGCUAAGGGCAAGAGCUGGGCCGGGCUGGAGCUGGGCAAGAAGGUGAAGAGCUGGGCACAGGCUGAGCGCAACCGGACGCCCCGGGAGGUGGAAGCCACAUAGAGGAGGGCAGGGAGGGGUGGCCAGAGGGGGGCAGUUCCCAGCAUCUCCCACCCAUCCACCCAACUGAGGUGGAGGGGCCAGGACCCCUGACUACCUCUUGGAGA